AAGGUGUCAGGGUCCUGGGUCUGAGCGAGCCAGGGACCCUGAGCAGUCAUGGACUAGUAUUACAAUGUCUGUAUUUUGUAUUGCUGUCCCUCGUUCUCCCUGCAUGUAGAUCUGUGUGUAUGUAGGUGUGGGUGGGGGUGUGGCCCUGGCAGGUGAUUGGCCACGCCUGAAGACCGUAACACACCUGCAGCUGAUCAGGCCUCGUCGGAGGAGCUACUUGAGAGUGUGGUGGAACUCUCUCCGACGCUGGAUCAUUGUGUGGCUUCACGAGUUACGGGGAGACGAGAGGACAGCGAGCACGGGGUGCUCAUCACGGAGAAGCGGAGACAGGAGCACUAGCACUGGGAAGAGGACACGUCACGGGAGUCGGGAGAGCACGGGAUUUAUUGUCAUGUCUGUCCAUCACUGUAAAUAAAGGCACUGCUUGUACAUAGAGCACCGCGCCUGGGUCCUCCUUCCCUACACCUCCACGGUCUGCCAGCCAGACGGUGACAAAAGAUCAUCAACAUGACGGCUGCCAGCUAUCUUCUGACUGAAGAGCAGCUUUUGUGCUGCAUCUGUCUGGACGUGUUCAGGGAUCCCGCCACACUCCCAUGUGGACACAACUUCUGCAAAGACUGCAUCACGGAACAUUUAAAUUUUAAUUCCCAGCGCAAGUGUCCCAUGUGCAAAGAGCAGGUGGAUAGGAAAUAUAAGCUUGGUGUGAAUACUUUCAUAUCUGAGAUGGCUGUUCAGUUUAGAAAAACUGUUGGAAAGAAAGCUGAUGAUAGCUCAGAGCAACACAAUGCCAUACAAGAAAAAGGUUCUUAUGAUGCUCCUGCUGCACCUAAACGGACAUCGCUGAAGUCCUGCCUGUUCAUAAUUCUUAGCUUAACCUUUCUUACACUCUUCUUUGUAGCUAAUCUACAUUUUCAUCAAACAGUGUCCAUCUUAAAAUCUCACAAGCUGUUUAAUUCUGUGGAGAAAGAAGAAGACAGGAUGUGUGCUGAGCAUGGCAAACCUUUGGACUUCUAUUGCAAGAAUGAACAAAUGAUCAUAUGUCAGUCAUGUGUGGACGCAGAUCACAGAUUUCACCGGGUAGUUCCCCUGAAAGAGGAAUAUGAAGCAAAAAAAACACAACUUGGGAUAACAGAGGCUAAAAUUCUCCACAUGAUCCAAGAGAGACAAAGAAAAGUCCACGAGCUCAAACAAUCUUUAAAGCUCAGCACAGAAGCUGCAGACAGAGAGACAGCAAAUGGUGUUCGGGUCUUCUCGGCUCUGAUUAAGUCUCUGGAAAGAGCUCAGGCAGAGCUAAUCGAGAUGACUGAAGAGAACCAGAAAAGGACAGAGAAACAGACCAAAGUUUAUAUCACAGAGCUGGAGCAGGAGGCCUUUGAGCUGACAAGGAGACGUGAUGAGAUGGAGGAACUCUCACGCUCUAAAGACCGUCUUCGUUUCCUCCAGAGCUUCCCGUCCCUGAAUGCUGCUCCACCCACCAAAGACUGGACAGAUGUCAGCAUCUGUCCAGCAAUAUACGAGGGAAUCACAAGGACAGCUUUGGUGAAAGCUGUGGAUGAGCUGACAGAGACCAUCAAGAAUGAGGUGAAGAUGAUACGGGACGCUCAGUUCAACAACAUUCGGCAGAAUGCGGUGGAUGUUACUUUGGAUCCCGAUACGGCACAUCCUGCUCUCAUCCUGUCCAAUGAUGGGAAGCAAGUGCAUUGUGGUGAUGAAUGGAAGGAACUGCCAGACAGCUCAAAAAGAUUUGAACCUGCAAUUUCUGUUUUAGGGACACGAGGCUUCUCCUGUGGAAGACUUUACUAUGACGUCCAGGUUAAAGGAAAGACUGGGUGGACGUUAGGAGUGGCCAAAGGGUCGGUCAAUAGGAAGGGAGAAAUUAAACUUAACCCAGAGAACGGCUACUGGGCUAUAUAUCUGAGGGACAGAAAUGAGUACUUUGCACUUGCUGCCGAUCCUGUCCCUCUCUCUGUGAAUGAUCACCCAGAGAAGGUGAGAGUUUUUGUGGAUUAUGAGGAGGGUUUGGUUUCCUUUUAUGAUGUAAAUGCUGCAGUUCUUCUUCACUCAUAUACUGGCCAAACCUUCACAGAGAAACUUUAUCCAUUUUUCAGUCCUGGUAGUAGUGACAGUGGCACAAACACUGCCCCCCUAAUCAUCACUCCUGUCAAACAGCAAAGAUCGGACUAAUUUUUUUCUUUUUGUUGAUGUUGUUUGUCAAGAGAUGUAUUCUAAAACACUUCUUCAGCAGAGAAUCAGAGAGGAGAAACACACAGGUUUUCUUGCUAGCAAGGGCAGCCACCAGAGCGCUCACAUGAGAGUGAGGGCUCAGAGACUCGCAGCUCUGAGACUGCCCUGGUCUUUAUUUUAUACAUCAGUGGGUGUUUGUUCCUUACAUUGGAAUGUGGAUGUUUAUAUGUAUGUGUGCAUUCAGAUGCAUGUAUAGUGUGUGCUAUAGUGUAAGCUGUUCUUCCAUGCAUGUAUGUGUGUUAGUACGCUUGCAUGCAGGGCCUGUCUCACCACAAAAGGGCAUUUUCUCAACAGCUGCCUUUCUCUCGCGUGUGUUAAGAAAGGCAAAUGUGCUUGUAGCAGUUGUGAGAUUAUUAUGCUGUUAUAUAUUACAUUAUACCUGUAAUCAAAAUGAGUACUGAUACUGCUGUAGGCCACAUCAAACUUCUUAUGUAAUCAGUAUGUAGUUUUAGUUUGCAUCAUACUUCUGAGUUAAAAUAAUGUGAGAAUCAUUAGAUUCAUUAGAUAGGUUUGUAUUAUCCUAUACUGCUGACUUACUGUGAGUGUGUUACACUGUUUUCUGAUAGUAGAGACAACAGAACACAUUCUUCACCUCUACCUUUGUUGGAAGUAGAAAAACAGGGAGAAAGGGUCAUAACUCAGGCUCACUGGGAGUUAGAAAGAAUGCAAAUGCUUAGUUUGUGGCUGUGGCGCAUUUUGUAUGGCUUCUUUUCUUUUGUUUAGUAGCUUUCUGCCUUCACCUGAGAGGAUGUGCCCUGAGCCCGUGACUUCAGGUCUCCAUAAUUAGAGUUUAUUUAAAGAUACCUUGUGGCCUUAACUCAGCCAAGUGACCCUUCCUCUGUGUGGCCAGUCACUAAAAUGUCAUCUACAUUAGAGUAGAUGGUUUGAUAAGUCUAUCACUGAGAACCAUUGUUCUUUUGGAGUGACUUGAUUCAGUAUAGUGUGGGGAUUUGAUACUACUGAUGGCAUCAUUUCAGUGAUUUCAUUUAUUGCUCGCAGAUCAUGCACUAGACGGUAUUUUGCAGUAUUAGCUUUCUUCACCACUUAAACAAAACAUCACUCUUUGUUUUCUUCAUUAUUAUUAUUAUUAUUAUUAUUAUUAUUAUUAUUAUUAUUAUUAUUAUUAUUAUUAUAUUCUUCCUAGUCUGAACUUCUCUCUUCACCUGAGCUGCUAUCCUAUUCUGAGUCACUGUCUUCUUUGUUUCUUACAGUCACAUAUAAAAUGUCCCUCUUUUCCAAAGCUCCAGCAUGUAGUGCUAAAGCCACUGUUUGGUGUGUGUGUAGGCCUGCCUCUACCUCUUGCAUUCCUCUCCCUUUCUUUUGGAUUAGUCCUGCUCCGGCUUGUUGUUUGUCUAAACAUUUCUCAUCAGGUGUUAAUUUUUCUUGUUUAUUUCCCAUUUUCAAAGAUUUUGCUGGGCCGUCACUGGCACGCGUCACUUCAGAGUGGUUUACUGAUACGGCCUUCGACUUCACCCAAAAGGUGAAGCGGUAUCAGUUUUAUGAGAUGAAACUCAACCGUUCUCCUUUGUCACCAGUACAUGAGCCUCAGCAAAUGGAAGUAAAAUGGAAGUAGUUCAGCAGCAUAUUGUGCUGUUAAAUCAACUUACUUCCAGACAGUCAAAGGAGCUUGCAAAGAAAAGCGUCUGGACUUCUUUAAGUUGCUUGAAGACGUUUAACCUCUCAUCCGAGAAGCUUUUUUAAUUGUGUGGGUUUUUUUACUAUGCAGUUUUGGUUUGUUUUGGUUUGGUUUGGGUUUUUUAAGUGCUACAUGAAGAAUUUCUUAUAAUACUGUCAUUAACCCUUUCUCUGACAAUAUUGGUUUUUUGUCCCAUUCAUAUUUAUAUUGCCCCAAAUCACAAUAACAGCCACCUCAAGGCACUUUACAUUUUAAGGUAAAGACUACUUUAAUGGAGAGAAAAUCCCAGCAAUCAAAUUGACCCCUAUGAGCAAACUACUUGGCAACACUGGGAAGGAAGAACUUUUAAGCACUCUUUUUAAAAUUUAAAUUAAUUAUUUUAAAAAUAAGAAUCUUCUGGCAGAACAAGGCUCAGGCAGGGGCAGCUAUCUGCUUUGAUGGGUUUGGGGUGAGGGGACAGAUUUAUGUUAUGCUUUCAAGCAAAUAUUCACUUUAGAAGUGAGUAUUUGCCAACACUAACUAAACACUCAGAGUAAACUGACCUGUUUCACUGAGAACUUGGCUGGAUCACAAGGCUUUGACGGGUGUGUCAAAACUGGCGCGAUUUUAGUUUUAGCAUUUUAAUUCUCAUAAUACCCGGAAGACAAGUACAAAAUGGCUUAGGGUUGAAUCAGUAGCAUACAUGUUGACAGAUGUUGGCUGUUUAGAUAUUGUUUAAAUAGUUCAAUGAUGACUUCAGGACCGGUUCAUGACUAAAACGAACUUGUUUUAUGACAGUUGCGUGCUUAUAGAGAGAACUGUCACUCUGAAUUGUAACAUUCUACUGAGAAUAACCACAAACUUACAAAAUGUAACUAUCUAUAUUAGAAGGGAAAGAAUCUAAAAUAACAGGUUACAAUUAAUUACUUGCUUGCAUUCACUAGAUUUAUCCACAUAAAUUAUUCUACACUCUUUAUCAUUAUAUAAGACAAUGAUAUCUGCCUGCAGUGCAGCUAUAUGCAAAAUAAUGAUGUUCAAAUAUCAUUUACUCACACUUUAUUAUUACACUUACACUGAUGCUCCAAACACUAAUAUGCAUAUUCAUCUUUGAUUCACCAAAUCUACCAAGCUUGUUUUGUUCAUACAACUCUGUGCCAACUAGUAAGAGUCACUAAUGGGUUUAUAUAUUUACACCACAUAACACUGGAUGGAUGUUUGUACAAUACAAUAUUUGAUAUUUACACCUGUAAUGUUGGUGUUUCUCGUUUUGGUCAUUUUCUGUUGAUCUUUUUUCCUCUUUUCAUCGUGGUCCUCUUUUUUUGUUUUAUAUCAAAAUCUGGAAUCAGUUCUUAAUUUUAACCUCUCCUUUUACAGAUUUUGUGGCAGUUCCAUGUAUUUUGGUUAGCAUUGUGUCCCUUCAAGUAUUUCCUUUUGUCAUUUUUCAUCUCUAUUAUCAUUCCUUUGUAUACAUUUUGUUCAGGUUUUGAGUCUUUUAAGUAAAAUCCAGGAGCCUAUGUGGGGGUUACUUUUUCUCUAAAUAAAACAAAAAUCAUUAUUUUGAUAUAGGCCACUAAACUUUCUUAAAGCCACUUUAUAGCACAAAAAUCAAUAUAUUGAUUCAGCCUUGUAACGUCCAGCAGGUCACAAGUGAACCUCUGGGUUUGAGGUUAGAGCUGUAAUUCAGACAGACUGUUUUAAAAAAAUAAAUAAAUAAAGCAGGCUAAACUGACCUGUUUCACUCCAUGCUUGAAUGGAUCACAAGAUUAUGAUGGGCAUGCCUAAAUUUAUUCUCUCCAUUUUUAGUUUUUGUGAUAGCUAGAAGAGAGCAGUGGCAAAGGCCCUGAGUGUAUUCAAACACAGACACCUGUAAUAGCCUUACAGUGUAGGAAAUCUGCUCAACUCUACUUCAGUUGCAUGAAACAUUCAUGUCUCAGUAUCUCAUCCUUGUUGCAUUGUGUUUACAUCAUGCAGUGGUGCACAGAGUAGUUAGGACUGUUGCCUCAAGACAUUAGGACAUUAAGAUUCCUGGUUUGAAUCCCAGAUGGGGCCUUCUGUUUGGGGUUUGCAUUUUCUCCUUGUGCCCAUGUUGGUUUCCCCCAGAAACUGAAGCUUCCUCCAGACAUGCAUGAGGACAUAGUGCUAACCACAGUGAUGCCCAUUAAUGUUAUGUAUUGUAUAAUAAACUAAAUUAGUAAUCAUUAAUGCUUCAGUCAUCAGUGUCUGUACCACUCAAAUCAAAUUCAAAUCCUAUUUGUCACAAUCAUACACAGUAUGACAUGCAGUGAAAUACUUAUUGCAAUUGCAAUUUCUGACCAUUAAAAAUACAAGAAUAAACUGAAAUUAAAAAUCAAGUAUAAAAUGAAAGUCAAA